AUGGAGCUAGAAAAUGAAAUGAUCAGCUCCACCAGCAAUUCUUCAGCAGGCUCCAGAGAGUACAAGGUGGUGAUGCUAGGAGCAGGGGGAGUUGGCAAGAGCGCAAUGACAAUGCAGUUCAUAAGCCAUCGGUUCCCUGACUAUCAUGAUCCAACUAUUGAGGAUGCCUAUAAAACUCAAGUCCGAAUUGAUGAUGAACCAGCCUAUUUGGACAUUCUAGACACUGCUGGACAGGCAGAAUUCACAGCCAUGAGGGACCAAUACAUGCGAGGUGGAGAAGGCUUCAUUAUCUGCUAUUCCAUCACAGACCGUCAAUCUUUUCAAGAAGCUGCUGAGUUUAAGGAACUCAUUUAUCACGUUCGGCACACCUAUGACAUCCCCUUGGUGCUGGUGGGGAACAAAACAGAUCUUGAAGAGUUCAGACAGGUUUCAACUGAAGAAGGAAUGAGCUUAGCCAGAGAAUAUUCUUGUUCCUUUUUUGAGACUUCAGCAGCCCUUCGCUUCUAUAUUGAUGAUGUCUUUCAUGGACUGGUGAGGGAAAUUCGAAGGAAAGAGUCCUCACUGACCAUGGCAGAGAAGAAGAUGAAGAGGAAGGAUAGUCUGUGGCGGAAGCUGAAAGGUUCCCUAGGGAAAAAAAAGGAAAGUACAACCUGA